AUGAAAAGACACCUUUGCAAACAUACGGGCGAGCGUCCCUUUCAAUGCCACCUGUGUCCAGCUGCAUUCCCUCAGAAAGCUCAUCUUACAGUUCACAUUCGCACGCACACAGGAGAGCGUCCUUUCUCCUGUGACCAAUGCAGUGCAUCUUUUUCACGGAAGCAGCACCUCGUGGAACACAAGCGCACCCACACUGGAGAGCGCCCCUUUUCCUGUGACCGCUGCUGUGCAUCUUUUUCGGGUAAAAGUAACCUCGUGCAACACAUGCGCACUCACACAGGAGAGCGACCCUUUUCUUGUGACUGCUGCAGUGCGUCUUUUUCGGGUAAAAGUAACCUCGUGCAACACAUGCGCACCCACACAGGAGAGCGAGUACCUUGUCUUUGGCAUCCCAUGAGCAGUACCGUUCACUCGUGUCUACACAAGGGGACGGCAUUCCUGUCCGUUCCCUUCCAGUGCCACCUAUGUCCAGCUGCAUUCACUCGGAAAUCUAAUCUUACACAGCACAUUCGCACCCACACUGGAGAGCGUCCCUUUUCCUGUGACUGCUGCAAUGUGUCAUUUGCGCAGAAGCAGUGCUGUCUAAGCUUUACGUUCGCCAUUCGCGAGAACAGCUGCAGAAAGGAGUAUGUGCCAAGCAGCUCCUAG